GGUGAAGGAUACGUAACUUACAACGGUGAGUCGCCGAACAGACAGCUUUGCACCAACGCAGCCAGUGGCACUGAGGCUAAACCUGCUUCAGAUCCGGAGAACGAGUCCUUGCUGGAAAGCUUAACCUUCAUGGGUGUGGACGUUAAGAUGGUUCGCGAGCGCCAGCCUGGUGUGCUACGCAAAGUCGUCACCAACGAACAGGGCCUGGCGAAAUUCCUCAAGAGCAAAGGCUCCAGUGACGAAGUCAUCGCCGGCAUCAUCUCCCGCUUCCCUCGCGCCAUCACACGCUCCGGCGACCACCUCGAGCAGCGCUGGGAACUGUGGAGAAGUGUCUUCCAGAGUGACGUCGAAAUCAUCAGCAUCCUCGACCGCUCCCCGGAAUCCUUCUUCCGCUCGAGCGACAACGACAACCUGGGGAAGAACAUCCAGUUCCUAAGCUCGCUUGGCCUCACCUCCAAGCACCUGCAUCGCCUGCUCACCUCGGCGCCGCGGACGUUCUCCAACAGCGUGGCGCUCAACAUGCAGAUGGUCGAGUUUCUUGGCGACGUGUGCGAAGAGCUGGGCGGGGACGACCCGAGGAAGUUCGCCAAAACUGUGAUUUGCCGCAACCUGUACGUUCUAAUCCGCAGCACUAGGAGAGUCCAUGCAAACGUCGAGAUGUUGAAAUCCUUGCUUGAGCUGAGUGAUUCAGAACUGCUCGAUUUCCUGCAAGGAUCCGGGGCUCAAAUCCUCGACCUGUCCAACGAGUAUCUGAGAAACAACUUCAUAAACCUUCAGCAGAAGCUGUUGUCUCGUGGCUGUCGCGAGGACCAGUUUAAAAGAAUGAUUGUUAGUCAACCAUCUAUGUUGUACAUUGCCCCUGAGAAUUUGAUAUCCAAAAUAGACUGUCUUUUAAAAGUAGGAAUCAGUUUAAAGCAGAUAUUGGAGAAACCCAGAGUUCUGGAGUUCAGUAAACAGAACAUUACGGAGCGACUGGAGGAGUUGCACGAGAUUGAAUACGACUUUGAAAAGAGCGGCAUUGGUGUCUUGGACUGCAGCAGAAAACGUUUUGAUGCAAAGUUACAGAGACUUGCUUCGGCACAUAAAUAACGACCUGGCCUAACCUUAUUGUUUUUGCACUGUGAUAACUCUCACUUAAACACCAUAUAAAUAUUCACCAAAAAGAUAUGAUGUGAUGAACAAUUCUGAUUGACAAUGUUUCAAAUCAGUAAAGUAUAUUUGUCCUGUG